GACCGACGGUAACCACUCGGUUCAAACAAUAAUAACUGCCCUGAUGAGGAUGCGUCGUGGCUGCCAUCACUUCACUUACCCACAGCACUGACCGUCACAGCGGCCUUGCGGAUGAACAGCACUACGGACCAGGUGUCUGAAUCAUCUCUCCCAACUUUCAAUUCAAUCAGCCGACUUUUCCCUCUUCACCUCGAAUAUUGAGACGUACUCCGAGCAUGCCCGAGAUGGAUGCAAGUCUUGCAACCAAGGCGGAGCCUUCGCCCACUCAAGACGCUCAAGUUGUCGAGCCACAAUCGUUAAAACGCAUCAACUCGAAUGAGACGGAGCGUCCGCCCUCAGCCCAGCAGACGCAAGAUGAUGCCGAUGACCCUGCAGAUUCAAAGAGCGAAGCAGACUCUGAAGAGGAGGAAAGUGACCCUGCAGACAGAAUUGCCGACUUUGACUGGGAAGACCUACAUGUUCGGUAUCACGAGGCUAUGAAGGGUUGCCACGAAGAGGAAGCAGCGCUGAUGCAUGAAUGGGAGGCUCUCAUGAAUUACUUCCGCGUGUGGGCACAAUCGGGACAUGAGCACGAGACCGAACGGACCUUCUCAAGACUACGUACACGCACCACCUUUGUCCAACACGAAGAGGACACACUUGAGCAGAAGCGUAAUCACUACAUCAACGUGGUGAAAGCGUUUGAAAGUGCGCUCAGUCUUCUCAAGCAUACCGGCUUCCGCAGUUGAUGCUCAUCAACCCAGGGGCCAUCUACCUUGCUUACCACCCACCCCAACCGCU